AUGGCCGGUUACAAACUUGAAUUCAAAAGAAACUAUUCUCUGAAAGACACCCAACAACAGUAUACUAGAUAUGAUAUUGGGCAGUUAGAUUCUCAGUACAUUGAGGAUUCCGCAGGUGGUGCAUUAAUUAGAGACUCCGUGCCAAAGGGCGCAGUGGAGGUUGCGGCUAGUCAAAUUCCCCCGCCAGGAAUCAGCCAAAACUUCCUAGCCCCCGUUAAUGACGUAGGUAAAUCCGGGAUAUUUGCCGAAAGUAUAAAUACAAGGCUUGCUAACCAGGUUUAUGUCCAGACUACCAAUAAAAGGUGCCAGGAAUGGACGAUGGAAUAUACCCGUCAUCUUGUGCAUCUUGGGUAUCUCGAUGCGGAGGCCAUCCAACUCGUACAGUCCAAGCGUGAUCCCGCAACUCAUGGUAUUGGCUUGCAACCACUUGGAAGGGGUUAG